GACCUCCUCGGCGUUCCACACGCCUCUCCCUUCCGCCAGUACACGCGCCUCACCAUAUGUGCUGAUGGCCCCUCUCAGGCCCAGGCCCUCAACUACGGGAACCCUAUUUUGAAGACCUACAACUUAUUCCCUGUUUAGCCCUUGAACCAAACCGUCUUCGAUUAGGCCUGUGAGAAAUUGGAGGUAGAUAUAAUCACGAUUGAUUUCUUAGAGAAGUUGCGUUUCCGAUUGAAGCUGCCUUUGGUCAAAGCUGCUAUUGAGAGCCGGGUUAACCCACCACAGUGUCUCCUACUCACACGCACGGAGAUGCAGAUUCAGCAGACUCCGCCUGUUCGUGCGCUUCCUAAAGUCAAAAACGCUCUUGCCUCUCCGCCACUGUCCUCAGCCCAAACCCGUAAUUAUGGUGCCAGAAUAAGGGCAAUUUCUGUGAACGAACUUCCCCCCAAUGCCUUUCGCCGGAAGAGAGAACCCAAAUGGAGAGGCGGGUUCAGCUUGGGGGUAGACUUGGGAAUGUCCCGCACUGGCCUCGCCCUCAGCAAAGGCUUCAACAUCCGUCCUCUCAGUGUUUUGGAGUUGCGUGGAGAAAAGCUUGAGAUUCAGCUUCUUGAGAUUGCACAGCAAGAGGAGGCUGAUGAGUUUAUAGUCGGGCUCCCCAAGUCAUGCGAUGGGAAGGAGACGCCUCAGUCAAAUAAAGUUCGUAGUGUUGCUGGAAGACUUGCUGUUCGAGCUGCUGAGAGGGGUUGGAGAGUAUACCUCCAAGAUGAACACGGGACAACAGCAGAAGCGGUAGAUCGCAUGAUUGGCAUGGGCAUCAACAGGUCUACUCGGCAAAGGAGAAUAGAUGCCUAUGCUGCCAUGAUGGUACUGGAGAGAUAUUUUUCCAUGGCUGGCCAUGGAACUGAGCUUGUACUGCCCAAGAAUUUGGAUUUACAAGAAAAACUUAUAACGGGUCCGCCAAAAGACGUUGACUUCUUUCCGGAAGAAUUUGAGAGAUAAGGAUUCACAGGUAAUUAUCUGUUGAAAUUGCUAGCAAUUUAGAUGGUUCCGGCAAACAAUCUUCCAUUUAUGGCAUCCUCAAUCACACAAUAGUGCUGGCUCAAUUGCCAAAGGUUGUUUCUUUUUCAAUUGUAAUGAUUGCUGGACUGCUCAAAAAAAAAAAAAAAAAAAGAGGAAAAAACAUUUGUUCUUGAGCACAUCCAUCAAUUACUCACUACUUUGUUUUGGUACUAUCCAUCAUGAUGCCUACUUCAAAUCCAUUUGUAUUAGUUUCGCACAUGAAAGCUGGAUGUAUGGAUGUUACAUAUUUGAUCCCGAUGCCCCUAGACUUUGCAGUAACUUGUGUAUUUGAACCUGAUGGGGGCUUCAGACUCUUUGUCUGUGUAGGAUAUCUCAUUGUUAGUCUACUCGGUUUCCUUAAAAAUUGGUCUAUAUCUGAGUUUUUAGGGGUUCACUUGUUCUCGAUGGUUUUAUCCAUCAUAAUGCACCGCGACUUUCAUUGGCUGCAUUCACAA